ACCUACGAGGACCUAAGAUAACCUAAGAGUGAGUGCGAGUGCGAAGGUGUCCACGGUGCCUACUAAACCCGUGUUGGUUCGCCUGUACACUUCUUCAGUCUUCGUCGGCGAAGGUCAAAAGCAUUCGAAGAGGCAGGAACCAGCGGUGCGCCACGUUACGGCUGUUGGACCAGCGGGGAAGCUAAGCCGAGCUGAAGUUGGGUCGCCUUGCACUGUUUCGUCCGGCGGGGCCCUCAGACUCGAUUCGCUUCCCGAAGAAGACGUCUGCGGCGGCCGUUUCCGUCCGAACGGCCAUGGAGUCCGAGGGGAAGCCGUCUGACGCCACGCAAGUCGCUGCCGUGGACAGCCCAGCCAUGGCGAUGGACGAUGAGAUGCAGGCAACGUGGAGACGUCGCUGCUGUCGCUGCCGGACGACGACCUGCUGAGCAGGCUGGAGUACCUGAGCACGCCAGACCUGCUGUCCUGCUGGGCGGUGUGUCAUCGCUUGCGAGACGUCGCUCUUCGGCCGGAGCUGUGGCGGCGACGCAGCAUUGACAUCGAGUAUACGCGACGCCUCCACCAGAAGCCUCGAAGCCGCCGUCCUGCGCGUGGCGCCGUGUGUCUCCAGCCUGUUCAUGUGGUUUGAAGGCGACAGCCACGCGCUCGGCACGCUGGCCGCCACGACCAGAUGCGCGGCGGCCGCGCUGAUUUUCACCGUGCGCAACGACCCAGCGUGGCUGGAAGCGGCCAAACUCGUGAUCCGCAACCAGGCGGCGCUGGGGAUUCUGAGGACACUGGAAGUGCGCGUGGUGGGCCACAAAUCCAACGACGGCCACGCCGCGGACCUGCUGGCGGAGGUCUCCUCCACCCAGGGUCUGGCCCGGUUAUUCGUUGAGGUAGACUGGGAGGUGCAGUGGUCCGUGGGGGCUGAGCCCGCGCCGCUGAUCCCGGCGUCCAUCAAGGAGGUGACCCUCGAGAACGUGGACCCUCGCUUCGUGCACCGCGUGCUGCGCUCGCACGCCGCCACGCUGCAGGCCGUGCAACUGAGGGGGGACUGCCAGGGCGUGGCGCCGCUGCUGGCCGCCAUCCCCGGGCUGCGGCACUUGGACUGCCCCGUGAUGGAGGACCUGCCGCUGCUGGCGAAGUGCGCGUCGCUGCGCUCCCUCAAGCUGACCGCCGAGUACCCCGACGAAGCUGCGUUCCAGGCCGCGGCGGCCUUCCUGCGCGCCGCCACGCACCUCGAGGAGCUCGAGCUCCCCUGGUAUUAUUACUCCGUUCCCGUGGAGCAGGGGCUGCUGACGGCGCUGGCGUCCUCGGGCCGCGCCGCUCUGCGGAAGCUGGGCCUCGCAUACUUCACUGGACUCGACGUCCGCCUGGAGACGGAGCUGGCCUCGGCUCUGCCGGGACUGCCCGCCCUGGAGUGGCUCGUCCUGCCCCGCACUGUGUCCCGGCGAGUCCUGGCCGCCAUCAACCCCGGCAGUGCGCCUCGUCUUCGCGGCCUCUGCAUUCCCGACUGGUCCGAGGCCGGGUGUGUGCACGCCGUCAUGCACGAGGCGGACGUGAGUCGCGUCCUGGCCAGCUACAGCCGCUUCUUCCUGGUCGUGGAAAACUUUUGGUGCUGGGAGGAGCAGCGGUGCGAGCACUGCACCAAGGGCUGCCACGGCGUGCCCUGGCCAACGGGCGAGUUAGAGGUGGGCUUCUACACGCACGAAGCGCCCGACAAGGAGGCAGUGGAUGCAUUGAGUUGGAGGUCUCCAUGUAAGGUGUGGAUCAAAGCGUGAUGCAAUGGCACUGUUCUCGUAUCUAAGCUCAAGAAUUAGUUAAUACAGGUGUGGGGAGUUCAACAGCCUUGAUAUUGCUCACAUCAGCUAUUGCAUAGCUGCCGUGUGCUCUAUGACUGACACCUUGCAAGCAUACUUGUUUCACCGUUAGAUGUUUGUGAAGGAAAGGUUAAAAUCCUUGAAACGCGGUACCUGAGAAACUUUUCUUCUUACCGUCCUGUUCGUUGUUCAUGAGAGCCUCUUUUAAAAGCUUCGUUUUAGCGCCAACCGUUAGGAACGAUAUCAAUUUCGGCCACCUGGAGGGGUGGUUACGUUGCCUGUGGAAAAUGGGAAGUGGAAUCGUUGCUUCUCUUAUCCUUCCAGCUCGGUCGGUACAGUACAGCGCAAAUCAUGAAUGGAAUGGUUGUUGGUUUGGUGCGGUGUGUAUCUAAGCCCUUUUCACUUGUGUCCCUAUUAAUUGACAUACACUCCCAGAUAUCAUGUUACUGCGUUCUACAUGCAGCGACAUGUCACUUUUGUAGAAAAUUUUGCAGCAACUGUGGUGUAACUAAAACACGUCAAAUCAGCAUUCAAGAAUUUUGAAAAAUUCAAAACUCAAAU